CAUUUGGUCUAUCAGGUAUAGGGAUUAGGGAUACCGGUAUAUUGAUAUCUCUUUCUACCGGACCUAAGCAAACCCUUUCUCGCAUUCCUACCUAUUAUUGAUUGCAUGACAAUAACCGACAACCCAGUACUACAUCACAGAUACUCAAAGACAUUCACUCACUUGGUAUCUGACUGUUGUGUUGCUCUUUCUAUGUGGAUACAUAUUUAUCAAUUUUAUCAAUCAGUACGGGGUAUCAACCAGUACGGACCAUCAAUCAAUCAAUCAAUCAACCAAAUCAAUCGAUCGAUCAAACCUGCAACUCCAUUUCAUCCAACACCAAGUGCCUCCACUGUACUUAUCGCCUACCCGCCCGCAAAACCACACAAUCAGUACAAUCAUUACCAAAGUGGUUCGUGCAUUUCUUCCUCUUCCCUGAGGGGAAUCAGUGAGUGAGUGAGUGAGUGAGUGAGUGCAUCAAUCAAAUCAGUCAGUGAAUCACAAGCACGAGCACAAGCGCUUCAACCGAUUGUGCUAAGCUGCUAAAGCUACGCUGCUACCUUCACCCUUCAACCCUUUACCCUUUACCCUUUACCCUUUACCCUUCACCCUUCACCGUCACAUUGAAACCUUGAGAGAAGAAUCUAUCUAUCCGCCGCCAUAAAUGCUACCAUUCACCUUCACUCAUUCACCACGCACCACUCACCACUCACUAUUCCACUCUGUACAAAUCGUCAAGGUCACUUUGGAAAAUUAUUGAAAUUACAAAGAGAAGUGUGCGAUCCCUUGGUGGCAGCUAUCUGAUUAUUGGCUUAUUGACGGAAUAACGGUCUGCGGCUGCACACACACUGCAUCUUUUGCUUCUUUUGCCGGCUUCAACCCUGCAAUCUUGCUAUCUUCCCUCUCUCUCAAAAACCUCAUCUACCUACCUACCGUACCUGUACAGCAGCCUCGCGAAUCAUCGAAAUAACACAACGCUCAGCAAAAGAGCUUUAGAGCUUCCAUCAAAACGAUUAUAAUUUACAAAAGGUGUGCCAGAGUGACUGAGUGAUCAUGGCAAGCAUAUUUAGACGAGUGUACGAUUGGUUGCUGCGACUUUUCUGGUGUGUAUAUUUUACCAUCUUUUGCUUAGUGAAAACGUCAAUUUGGCGCACUACUUCGUGCUCACCGUGAACCAUCCGAUAAUGCCAUUUUUCAAUGUUUCCUGCUUCUCAUCAGCUAACCUCGGAUCUUGCCGUUUAGGGCUACCGAGAUGGAUAUUACGAUGAUCGGUUUGCAAAAUGCUGGAAAGACCUCUUUGUUGAGAGUACUGGCGGUAAGCUCGAAUUUCACUCACCGGUCGCUUCAUAUCGAAACUUUUACCUUGGCGCAAAUGCUGACGAUCAUGUCAAUACGUAGGGCGGAGAAUUUACACUUGAGUACGAUCUUCCCUUUCCCUGACAUCCCAGACAACACAUACAGACCUCUCUAUCAUGACCCGAAUUUAGUUGAAGCGGGGUUCGCAGAUUCGUAGACCCCACGUUGCGCAACCACAUCAAGCUGACCACCUUUUGCUUCCACUCAUAGCUCCAUUCCUACCGUUGGCUUUAAUAUGAAGCGUGUCCAAAAAGGUCACGUCACCCUCAAAUGUUGGGAUCUGGGUGGGCAGCCACGCUUUCGUUCCAUGUGGGAACGAUAUUGCCGCGGCGUGAAUGCGAUCGUAUUUAUUGUCGACUCAGCCGAUCCGGACGCCUUACCAAUCGCUAAGGAUGAGCUUCAUCUGCUGUUAGAAAAGCCGGUUUUGCAAGGUAUACCACUUUUGGUGUUGGGAAAUAAGUCCGAUUUGGAAAACAAGCUGAGUGUAGAUGAGUUGAUUGAGAGAUUGGAUUUGAAGAGUGUGGGACAUAGAGAGGUGAGCUGUUAUGGGAUCAGUGCCAAGGAAGAGACGAAUUUGGAUGCAGUUUUGCAAUGGCUGGUUGCGAGAGCGAAUAAGUAAGGCGACCGUGCGGAAGGGUUGAUGAAUGAUAAAUCAUUGAGGAACAGGUAAAGCUUGCCGCAAGUUUGGAGUGUGACGAGUGCGAAUUUCCGGGUAUUAACGAUGAUUGACGACACGAAAUGGCGAAAAGAUGGGAUGAUACAUGAUCGAACUUCGAAAACGGUCUUCGCGGACCAUGAAUAUAUCUCCUCAGCUCACAGCAACCAAUUCUAAUUAUUUUCAAAUUCUUCCUUCUCAAUCGGGAUCUUCUCGACGUCUGGUUUUUCGAUAUGCUGUGAGCGGAACAGCAGGACAGAAAUGUAUCCAAUUUCCUUGUAUUCUUCUUGAUGAUGCGCCAAUGUCUGCUACGAUGAGACGACUUACGACCCUCUGCUUUCUUGUUAAAUUAUUGGGUCGACGUUCCGCGUGUUGAAAGGUGCCAGUUGGUAAAUGAGGUAGUGGGUACUGGGUGUUGAGAUGAUGGGAUAGGAAACACUGUAUUUAAAAUAUUCAUAUUUUGUGCCUUUUGUAUCCAAGUGUGUUUCCAUCAAUUUUCUGAGUGACGCAUGUUUUUCACUAUUAGCCAACCUCAAGUAUAAAAAUAAGGAGAUUUCAGGCGGAACAUUCAGGCGCCUUGUCUGUAUGUGUGGUAUUGACGAUACGUUAUGCCGACAUCGUACCUUGGCAAUGACAGAAAUGAGGCAAAUAUUCGUGUUGGAAGUUUGAAAUAUGUUGAGGGCUUUCCGGGAGGACGAUGAAUUGAGUUUGAAGGAGAUGGGCUGUCCAAAGCUUGUAGUAUUUGCCCGCGAUGGGAAUACAUCUAAUGGCAAGUCUAAUGUGAAGAUUCGGAAUGCCUUCAUGGAUAUAAGGGUGCGCGUGUACCCAUCGAUAGUCCAUUUCUUGGCAGGAAAGCCUUCGCCUUUGGUAUUUCGAACCUCGAGUCAAAAUGUGUAAAGAUUUGAAAAAUUCUGGGAAGAAGCUCGAACCGAAUAGGAAGCUUUACGGCCGCGUGCUGAGUGUUUUACACCAAUCCCAUAUUCCAUAUUCCCAUUUCGCAUCGUUUUCCUCGGCGCAUUCCUCUGUACAUAGCAAUCAUAACUGAUUUCUCGUGGUGGAUUCGCAAUGUGCUCAAAUGGCGAGAUAUCGUAGGGGCGUCAAGUUCUCUCUCAAGAAUUGGACCGACAGGAAGACAUUGAAGGGAGAAAAA